UUUAGUUUUAUCAAGUUUUAUCGCACAUCUUUUAGUUAAGGUCACGCAUGAAUGAGUCAGGAAAGCGAUGUAUGCUGCACAACAUCGAUGUAUGACAUCCAAAAUCAAUGUAUCCCGGACGAAAUUGAUAUACGUGUAUUUUAUUUUACAACUUGUAUCAUAACGCAUAACAAUAGCGUAAUUGAACAAAACAUUGAUGUAUUCACAUUCGAUAUUUUGUCCGUAAAAAAAAACCCAUAGUUCAGCUCAAUGUGCGAUUUCAGCUUAAUAUGCUAAUUAGUCUGAUUAGUCUUGUCAGAGCGAGGAUGCACACAAACAUGAAAUCACGGUCCGCAGAAAUGUGUAAACAUCCAGUUGACAAAUUGACGUCAGUUUUUCAUACGUCUGUCCUGUAGUUGACAAUGAAUUUCGUCAUAACAUUGUCAAGUAGCUGUGGAUAGAAAAGAUAUAUAGAUAGAGAAGCCACACCAGCGUGAUUUAGUGCGGCCUUGAAGGCGAAGGAUGACUUAAACGGAAUUUCGUUAUUCGCAUUUUUCUUCAGAAGCAAAAAGAUCUUUAACCGAAAACAUUGUUCAGCACGGUUAUUUGUGUUAUAACCCGACUUAUUUAAAACUCAAAUAUGAGCUAAAUCGAUAUUUUUUUUUAUUUUUACGGAAAGGCAGAUAAAACAAAAGCCCUGAGGCUCUUUCAAACGUCGAAUACUAUGUACUGUAAUUUAGUAAUAUUGAAAGACCCUGAAAGACACCCUUUCAUUAGAGGACUAAUGGAAAUUAUCCAGAGCUAAUUAAACAGAACUGUUCUUUAUGGCGUCAUAGGCACGUAUGGUUGAAGAGAAUGCGCCUUAGCGCGCGGCUCUCAGGUCAUGCUUUGGCUUGCUCUUGUCUCGAUUCUGAUUGGUUGCAUUAUGGUACCUAUCAUUUUCAUCAUUCUCGAAUUCUCGCGGAGACCUUUAGAGAGUAGGGAAAGUGAUGGCAUUCAAAGUGAACUAGAUCAAAGCGCUUUGCUACGGAGCCACGGGUAUGAGAUCGGAGAGAAAAUAGGCGAAGGGACCUAUGCCUACGUGAGAAAAGCUUUCUUUAUCGCCAACAAAAAAGAAGUUGCCGUCAAAAUUGUCAACAAAAGAGAGGUAAAAACUAUAAUAGUGGCAAAGAGCGGAAAAGGGAUAAAUGACAGAUUCCUAAAGAGAGAAGUAGAAAUUCUGAGAUGGCUGAACCACGAUAAUGUGAUCCGAGUUUACGACCUGAUUGAAGGAGCUGAUCAUUUCUUCAUUGUCAUGGAAUUGGCUCCAAAAGGUGAUCUUCUUUCUUUGUUACGAGAGCGAUCCAAACUGGGAGAGGACGAGGCCAGAGUUAUGUUCAAAUCGAUCGUAGACGGUGUUCUUUACUGCCACAGAAAGGGUGCGUACAUGCUUUCUCGCCCUGCCUGCGGAAGAUUAAUUCUAUUGCUGUUCUUAUUGUUAGCCUUUGCCGGGUGCAAGUGUUUCAGGUCAUUUACAAAGUGUUUUCUUGCUAGGCCGUUAUACGACAAUGCUUACCAUGAAGCUGUUAUUUUUUUUUAUUUCUUAAAGAGCGGAAAAGGGAUAAAUGACAGAUUCCUAAAGAGAGAAGUAGAAAUUCUGAGAUGGCUGAACCACGAUAAUGUGAUCCGAGUUUACGACCUGAUUGAAGGAGCUGAUCAUUUCUUCAUUGUCAUGGAAUUGGCUCCAAAAGGUGAUCUUCUUUCUUUGUUACGAGAGCGAUCCAAACUGGGAGAGGACGAGGCCAGAGUUAUGUUCAAAUCGAUCGUAGACGGUGUUCUUUACUGCCACAGAAAGGGAGUGACUCACCGAGAUCUCAAACUUGAAAACAUUCUACUUUCUGAGGACAACCAGCCUAUUGUAACAGACUUCGGCUUCGCUCGUUACAUAGGCCACAGAGAGGAUCAAAGAGCGCGAAGUAGAACGUUUUGUGGUUCAUACGCGUACGUGGCACCUGAGAUACUUCAAGGUAUUCCAUACGAUGGCUUGGCUAGUGAUGUGUGGAGUCUCGGUGUAGUUCUGUAUACCAUAGUGUGUGGCCGUUUCCCGUUUGAUGACUCUAAUCCUAAACAGCUUUUGGAGGAAACAACCUCUGGUAAACUGGAAUAUCCCAUCACGGCUUCUACACUCUCCGCUCAGAUAAAAGACCUGAUAAAGAAAAUGCUGACAGCUAGUGUUAGAGAAAGAAUCAGUCUUUCUGAAGCACUGGAGCAUCCCUGGUUAAAAGAUUUCGAAACCACAUGCUUCACGUAACAUCCAGCUCCUGUAACUUAUUCGUUUUUCCUCUUGUUGUCAUAUAUUGUUCUUUUGAAGUACAGUAAUUGAUUUGUAUUAAGAGGCGAUCAGAGAAAAUUUAUCACAGAAAGAGAAAUACCAGUUGACAGGUAUCUUUUCCGGCAAGUAACUGCCGUUUUGUUCUAGAUGUUGGCCGCUGUUUAAUAAUCAUCAGUCAUUGCGGCAGGUUAUGGCGAACCACAUUGAAACAGAAAAAGGAUCUUCUUGAUUGUAUUUUGUUUCCAGUUUCCAUACUGAGGUAGCAAGCAUGCACACGUAGUGCGUACUGAUUUCCCGCUGAAUGCAUUUAUAGAACUACCGUUGCCCAGUUGAUUCAACUGCUGGAGUUAGUUCAAAAUAUGUAUUGAAGGAGACAAUAAAAAGCUAUUAAAAGCGAGUUAAAUUCUGCUCUCAUACUUCGAGAAAUAUAAUUCAUUUUAAGACCGUACCUUUCAAAGGUAUCACUUUUUUUGUUCUUAGUGUUUGUGCAAUAAAGUAUUUGGCCGAGUUUGAUAAUUUGUUUGCGUUUCAUCAACUCAGUGUCAUCUGUAGGAGGGUCCAACAAAUGUUUUUUCAAUCCCGCAUCCCGCCACUAUUUUUGGCUCGAUCCCACCAUCCCGCCCCGCCAAUCCCGCCCGAUUAGAGUCGCAGUUCUCCGCGAAACAUAUCAAACAUCCGCAUCCUGUUGUCAAUUUUAAAACCAUCCCGCAUGACGACUUCAAUAAGCGUGUCUACGCAUUAGUUUUGUCAAGAGGAGCAUCAGAGGGUGAAGUGGCCAU